GCUCACGGAGCAACUCGGCUCGGCAGAGCGAAAAGACGAGCUUCACUCCCCCACAAGCCCUAAAGGUCAUGGAGGAGAUGUGCUGAAGUUCAGCGGGGAUGCCCUGACCAUCCUUUGGCGAGUAGAGGACGAAGGCACCCUGCCGCCGGUGAGCAAAGCUGAUGCGCGCUUCAGCGCCGCGGCAAACGCUUGCCGGUGCUGCAUGGAGGUUCAAAGCCGCGUGUCCAGCUUCGGAGCCACGCCCGUGCCCGGUGUGGUUCUGACGCUACACAUCGGCGUGGGCUUCGGCCCGCUGACACUUUUGCAGCUGGGUGGAGUCCUGGAUCGCUGGGAGUUUUGUGCAGCUGGGCAGCCGCUGGAGGAGGUGGCGAUCGCGGAACCUUUGGCUCAUUCUGGUGAGACCGUUGUCAGCUCGAGUGUUCAGGAGGUACUGGCUUCGAAAGGACAGAGCAGCGAGUUCUGCUUCGAGGCCGGCUUUCCGGAGCAACCCGGCUACGCCCUCCUCACUUCCACAGCUGCUCCGCUGGGGAGUGGAAAGGUCCUGAAUGCCAUCUUAGAUGGUGGUGCACAAACAGCCAACUCGGCACAGCUGGUAGAAGUGGGGGACACGCUCGAGGUGUUCGUUGCCGGUCAGAUCCUAUCCCACCCGGCAGACGUGGUCAGUCAAAGCCCCGGGCAAACAGAGUGCAGCUUGAUGGCCGCCGAAACAGCCACACCGCAUUGGUUGCAGGAGGCGGCCAUGAACCUGGUCAGGGGGAUCUCUCGACUCAUCCCUGAGGAAAGACAUGGACUGCCGGGGACCCAAGCCAGUGGUGGACUGCAGAACGACACCACGGCCUGGGGGACGUACGACGUGCUACAGCUCCCCAGUCGCCACGUCAACGGGGAACCCACCGACCUCGCAGCCCAUCCUCAGAGGAAGCGAAGGAAGGAUCCAACGACAGUCACAGGCGACGAAGAGACUUGGCGAUCCACCUCCAUGAGCAGGGCAUGUGACCGGGGGACCAACAAUCAACGACUCGCUCAGCUACACGAUUCCCCGCACGGAGCUUUGAGAUGA